CAUUUUUUCUCUUUAAGAUACCAAGCUCAACAUGGAAAAUCUUCUCCUUCCCAUUUUUGCUUUACUCACUUUUGCAGUGGUGGUAACCCACGGUGGUUUGCCUCCUGAACUUUACUGGAAGUCGGUGCUUCCUAAUACACGAAUUCCAAAAGCUGUCACUGAUAGUCUUGAUCAUGAUUGGGUGAACUAUGGAAGUGGAGGAGUGAACUAUGGAAAGGGUGGAGAGAACUAUAGAAAGGAAGGGGAGUACUAUGGAAAGGGGGAGGAGGACUAUGGAAAGGGAGGAGAGGACUAUGGAAAGGGUGGGGAGGACUAUGGAAAGGAAGGGGAUGACUAUGGAAAGGGUGGGGAGGACUAUGGAAAGGGAGGAGAUGACUAUGGAAAGGAAGGGGAUGACUAUGGAAAGGGCGGGGAAGACUAUGGAAAGGGUGGGGAAGACUAUGGAAAGGGAGGAGAGGACUAUGGAAAGGGGGAGGACUAUGGAAAAGGAGGGGAGUACUAUGGAAAGGGUGGAGAGGAUUAUGGAAAGGGAGGGGAUGACUAUGGAAAGGGAGAGGAGAACUAUGGAAAGGGUGGAGAGGACUAUGGAAAGGGAGGGGAUGACUAUGGAAAGGGUGGCAACAAUGCCAUCCUUGGUGAAGGAGUUUCAUUUAUAUACAAUGCCACAGCGACCAAAUUACACGGUGACACCACAAUGGCACGCUUCUUCAAGGAAAAUGACUUGCAUUAUGGAACAAAAAUGGACCUGCACUUCACUCCAAGUUCCAACCAAGCCACCUUCUUGCCACGCCAAGUUGCAGAUUCAAUACCCUUUUCAUCCAGCAAGGUGAACGAUGUCUUCACCAAGUUUUCCAUCAAACCCGAGUCAGAGGAGGCUAAUGCAGUGAAGAACACUCUUAGNGAAUGUGAAGAAACCAGUAUCAAGGGUGAGGAAAAGUACUGUGCCACUUCACUUGAGUCCAUGGUUGAUUUCAGCACUUCCAAGCUUGGAAAAAACCUUGUGGUUUUGUCCACAGAAGUUGAGAAAGAAACGGGGUUGCAGCAAUACACCAUUGCACCGGGAGUGAAGAAGAUUUCAGGAGAUAAAGUUGUUGUGUGUCAUAAGCAGAAUUACCCUUAUGCUGUUUUUUACUGCCACAAAACGGAGACCACCAGAACUUACUUUGUACCUUUGAAGGGUGCUAACGGGAUCAAAGUUAAAGCUGUGGCAGUGUGCGACAUUGACACAUCGCAAUGGAACCCCAAACAUCUGGCCUUUCAAGUGCUCAAGGUUAAACCAGGAACUGCUCCUGUCUGCCAGUUUCUUCCUGAGGAUCAUGUUGUUUGGGUUCAAAAGUAG